UUCAUUCGUUGUCAGGGGAACAACUUCCGCUGCUUCCUGGUGUUUGCUAGCUGCAUUUAUUUUUUAAACUACAAAUGAGGAAUAUUAUUCCAUAUUCCGACAGAAAGCGACUGAAAUGCACAUUUUGUUUUAGAUAAUUGUUUCCGUGAGUUUAUCGUUUUUUUGCUUGGUUGUUUUGGCGCUGACUGUUAGCUAAAUUGAGCAUUUAGCAGUUUGUAGGCUAACGAAAAGGACUACAGGACUACAGUAGUGACGUCCUGCUGUGUGGAUAAGGACUUUUUAUCCGGAGUUUUUUCUCUCUGUCAAACUUUGGCCUCUUGAUAUUAAUAUUUUAUCAUGAACAUAUCUUCCUUUUUAAUACAUUAGAGUCGGAAAUCGUCUCUCUAAUGUCCGCUGAAGAUGCCCUUAGCUCCUGCUAAUCAGUCUCAGUUGAUUCGCUCGAGUCAGAAGGACGAAUUUUAUCAAACCUUCCUGAGAAACAACGCCAACGAAACUUUUCAGACUCUUGCUGGAUCGAAACGAUGGCUGGACUGGAGGAGAGAGAUAGAGCUGCUGUCAGACCUUGCAUACUACGGUUUAACAACAUUCUCAGGUUUUCAAACUCUGGGAGAAGAGUAUGUCAACAUCGUCCAGGUGGAUCCCACUAAACGUCGGAUCCCGUCCCGGGCCAGACGAAGCCUCUUAGUCCUCUGUCACGCCUUCUUCCCUUACCUCCUGGACAAGGUCCUGAUGUGCCUGGAGAACGAGCUAGAAGCUGGGCAGGAGAGCGCCGGUGGUGUCAGUCGGCGGCAGGCGGCGUCCUGGAGGUGGAGCUUGGAGUCGUGGCUGAAGAAGUGGAUGCAGCACGCCGUGGGGCUGCUUUCAGAGCCGCAGAGGAAGGCGUGUGUGCCGGUGGUUUUUGUCCUCCAGCAGAGUCUGACCCUCCUCCACCGCCUGCAUGUGGCGCUGUUCUACGUCAGCGGCUCCUUCUAUCACCUGUCCAAGAGAGCGGCUGGUAUCAGCUAUCUGCGUGUGAUUGGGCGGGACGGCGAUGACGCGACCAUCAGCAGCAGCUACCGGCUGUUGGGAGCCGUGUCCCUCCUCCAGCUGCUCAUCACCGUGUGUCUGCAGCUCAACAACUUCCGGCAGAGACAGAGAGCCAGGCAAGAGUGGAAGCUCUACAGAAACCUCAGUCCUCAGCGCACACAGAGCUCCAGCUCCAGAGCAGCUCGCUGCAUCCUCUGUCUGGAGGAGAGGAGACACUCCACCUCCACCCCCUGUGGACACCUCUUCUGCUGGGAGUGCAUCACAGAGUGGUGCAACACCAAGGCGGAGUGUCCUCUGUGUCGGGAGAAGUUCCAGCCUCACAGACUGGUUUACCUCAGGAACUACAGCUAGACCUGCAGAGUCUGAUCACACACACACACACACACACACACACACACACACACACACACACACACACACACACACACACACACACACACACACACACACACACACACACUUAUGGAGACAUAAACAGCCAACAUACCUUUGUGCUCUUUGAUUCUUUUUUCCCGUUUAAUUACCUCUUCAGAUGUCGAGGACAAGCUGUUGAUAGAGAAUAAACUUUUUGAUUGUA